CUCAUCUUCCUCACUGCCCUUCUUCGAAUGCUUGAAGUUGAAUAUUCUAGUACUUCCAAUCGAUUGGCAUCCAUGCACAUCACAAGAUGUCGCAAGCUCAAUAUGUUUUACCUCGGGACUAUCUCGAUAUCAGCCGCUUGAAUCUUCAACAUUAUCUUCAUCGGGAAAUGUUUGGCUAUCUUGUCCACCCGUCAAUUCCUACCGACCACCCAAAACUUAGGGUUGCAGAUGUUGGGACAGGGACUGGUGUAUGGCUUACAGACCUUGCUCACCAACUUCCAUCUCACGCCCGUCUUGACGCUUUGGACAUUUCGUUUGAGAGCGCUCCCCCCAAAGCAUGGCUACCUCAAAAUAUGACACUUCGGCAAUGGGAUAUUUUCACUGAGGUUCCAGAAGACCUUGUUGGGGCAUACGAUAUUGUGCAUAUCUCGCUCUUUGCACUUGUUCUUAAAGACGGUGAGGUGACAGGCGUAUUGGAUAAAGUGCAAUUGAGGUUCUUUUGUAAAGAGCCAGGCGGUUAUGUGCAGUGGUUUGAGGCCGAUAUGCUAUCCUGGAAGAUUCAGACGACGUCCCCUGAAAAUAAGACAAAGGCAAUCGCAAGCCUCAUGAAGAUCAGUCAGCCAAAGGAUGAUCGCUUCAAUCCAACAUGGAUCCCAAGACUUCCGGAUCUUUUCCGUGAAAACGGUUUGACUGCCGUCGAGGUUGAUGCCAAGGAUCCGCCCCCCGAAAUGAUCAUGCCACUUCACCACGUCACCUUCAUGGUGUAUGAAUGUUUUACUCGUCAGGCAAAGAUUCCUGAGUGGUCGGAAGCGAUAAGGGAGGCUAUUCCAGGGGCUCUUCGUGAGACAGAAACUGGAGCAGCUAAUGUUUUUACUCGGUAUACGGUGGUCGGGAGGAAGCCGCUUGAAUGAGCAGAAAAACUACUUUCAUCCUAGAUUCGUGGUGGGCAGACUUUUGCAACAUCAGUGUUGCGAAAUGCAUGUGAAAUCCAAAUUUUGAGUAUGUGCCGUAUUUCCAGGGUUAUAAUCAUAACGGAUAAGGACAACAUUGGAUCCAGAUUUGUGUACCCUGUCCACGUUC